AUGGGGUAUAAUGGUUUCGGUAUAGAUUUGAUGCAGCCAGCACCACCUAAAAAGCCAUUAUCGGAGAUGACGCCAGAAGAACAAGGUGAAUAUGGGGCAAAUAUGAUUGUGAAUUUUAUGAGUUCUUGUCCAGGUAAAUCGAUAAUUAGUGGGGUUACCGGUUUCGCUUUGGGUGGAGUUUUCGGUUUAUUUAUGGCCAGUAUGAACUAUGAUACGCCAAUUCAUGUUCCCGGUAUGCAAAAUCCAGUGAUGAAAAAUAUUAACGACUUACCAUUUAAGCAACAAAUGAAAUAUGCCUUUGUAGAUAUGGGUAAGAGAUCUUGGAGUAGUGCUAAAAAUUUUGGGUAUAUCGGUUUAAUUUAUGCCGGUGUAGAGUGUUGUGUAGAAAGUGUUCGUGCCAAGAAUGAUUUAAAUAACGGUUUAGCAGCUGGUUGUAUAACUGGUGGUGCAUUAGCAUAUAAAAGUGGUCCGCAAGCUGCUGCUCUAGGUUGUGCAGGUUUUGCUGCCUUUUCUGUUGCAAUCGAUAUGUAUAUGAGAAAUGAAAAUCGUACACCACCAAAAAAUGAUUUUGACGAGUAG